CCUUGGUGCACCACAGAUGUGUAUAUGUUCCCUUUUGGGAACCAUGUCUCUCAUGGCCAGUUGCGAUGGCCAGCUUUGGAGCAAAGCCUUGCAGGGUUACGGCUCGGCCUUACGUCAGCUGGCCAGCCGAAAGCAGGAUCCUUCGAAGCUGGAAGCUCUGGAUGAAUGGUUUCAAAAGACGGAGCCCAAGAAGGACAAGGCCACCAUGUCGCUUAUUUGCUGAAAGUCUUGGAGUGGAAGCUCACGCGCGGCACCUUCCGUCCGGGUUUACUGCAGAAAGCCCAGCUCAACAGCGAGGAGGAAGUGAAGCGCUGCUUCCAGGCUGCCUAUGACCUCUUAGCUGCACCGGACGCCGACGGCAGCAAAGCUGUGAAGGCGCUCACGAGCCUCCAGGGCGUCGGCCCGGUCACCGCUUCGGCGCUGCUCUGCCGGGCGACGCCUCAGCGGGUGGCCUACAUGUCCGACGAGGCUGUCCUUGGCUCCGGGCUCUUCAAGAGGGCCGCAGACAUCAAGUAUGAUAUGAAGACCUACACUAGGUUCAAUCAGCUUGUUCAGGCGAAAGCCUUGGAGCUCGGAAACCGCUGGACCGGCGAUCAGGUUGCCAAGGCAUUGUGGACACAUGUGAAGCUCCAGGGGGUCCAGUCGCCAGCGUCUUCCAAGGUCGUUGGAAAGCCGGCAGCUCAAGCGGUACGGAAGAGCAUCAAGAAGAAAUGAAAGGAUGUGAAAGAGAUGGCGGAGAUGCCCAGAUGGGCGGAGAUGCUCCAACGAUGUCGACCAAAAAUGCGC